GAUUUUCUCUCUUUCGUUACAUCGGUUCUAGUAGCGCCUUCGUUUUAAUUUCUUUGGUUUUCCUCCUAACAAUAAAUUUCUGGUUCUCAAAUCUAUCUGUUUUUCUAAAUCAUACUCUUUCCAUAAAUCUUUAUCUACGCUUUUCCUGGUGUGUUUGUCUGUCGAAUGAUUUAAACAUUUUUUCUUGGAAAAAUUAAAAAGAUGAAGGGAAGAAUGGAAAACCCUCUUCAACUCAAAUCUUUGAACCACAUCUCCCUUGUGUGUAGAUCAGUUGAGGAAUCCAUAGAUUUCUAUCAGAAUAUUCUUGGGUUUGUUCCAAUCAGGAGGCCUGGAACAUUUGACUUUAAUGGGGCAUGGUUGUUUGGAUAUGGGAUCGGGAUACAUCUUCUGCAAUCAGAGGAUCCAGAGAACUUGCCAAAGAAAAAGAAAAUCAAUCCCAAGGACAACCACAUUUCUUUCCAGUGUGAGAGCAUGGGGACAGUGGAGAAGAAGCUGAAGGAAAUGGAUUUGGAAUACGUGCGGGCAAUAGUGGAAGAAGGCGGGAUCUAUGUUGAACAACUGUUCUUCCAUGACCCAGAUGGGUUCAUGAUUGAGAUAUGCAACUGUAAUAACCUACCAGUGAUCCCACUGGCAGGUGAGAUGGCUCGAUCAUGCUCCCGAGUGAAUCUGCAACUGCUGCAGUGUCAGCAGAUACAGCAAGUGGUUCAGCAGUAAGAGCAGCUGCAGGAGCAGAACUAAGUCAUUUGAUUUAGCUGCAUGUUAGUAAAAAUCAUAAGAAAAAAAGCACCCUAUCUGCUUUGUUUUUGUCAUGUUCUUGUCUAACUAUUGUAUGCACAAGUCCCUGUUUUUCUUCACUUGGUUUAGUAGUUUGUUGAAUAUUAUUUAUUUCGUAAUUAUUAAAGACAAGGCCUAGAUGUGAUCCCAAUGGAAGUGAUCAUUUUAUGAGCUUAUUUUAAUUAAUUAAAAAUGGACUAUUCUCUAAAGCUCUUUCUAGUACUUAAAAUUAUAUAAGGCCCCUUCUCUUGUUGUGAAUGAUUUGGGGUAUCAAAAUCUACUACUUUAAUGCACAAGUUGGGACUAGUUUUGAUUGAUAUACAGUGUGAAAUGCCAUUCACAUGAAAGAGUUUGUUGGAAAUCAUGUUAUGAGCACAUAGUCUUAUCCUAAUUUAUUUAUCAUAGAACGAAAAAUAAAAACUUCAUAAAAAAUCACAAUUUGAAUAGGAUUUUGCUAUCUAUCCUUUCAUAAAUUUCGAAUAAUACUAGGAUAUAUAGCUAUCAUUCACACCUCAUUUACGUAUUUAGAUUUGUGUCAAUUUCAGAGUUAUGGUCUAUCACUAGGUUACCUUUACAACAGGUCAUGUUAUAAUGUCAAUCUAAUUUCCAAAUUGGACAAAUUCAUCUCGUAUUAAUUAGAUUCAAGUCUUUAUCCAGAAUAAUAAUUUCAUCUACAAUCAAUCAUGUAAAUGUAGUAUUGAAAAAUCAAAUGAAUGACCGAUAAAGAAUCGAAAAUUAUGAUUGCACCUGUCCAAUGGAAGUUCAUUUUGGAGGGAGAGGAGAGUUAAGAAACCAAAAAAAAAAAAAAAGAAGAGGCCCACAAAAUCUAAAUCCCAACCAAUCUUGAGUCCUGGAUUUGGACGGAAGUUAGCAAAAAGGUUCCUUCCAAUGCUGAAACCUGCCAUUUCUUCCUCUUUUAAGGCAUUGCCAUGCUCUUAAAAUUGAUCAUUGUUUUGGCAUUCAUUUUGGCUUUGGAUUUACGUUUCUUCCCUUCUGUAUCUCUCAUUUCAUACUAUUACUAUUUCUUAACAACUAAGAUGCUUUAGUAAACAUAAUCUCUAUUUGUGAUCAUAAUUUCAUCUAUAAUAUAACUCUAUUAAAAGAAUUCUUGAAGGGAUUAGAGAGUGACAGCUGUUCAAUAUUGUAAAACAAUUAUUUUUAUUUUCUUUAAUAUUAUAAAAUAAUUAUUUUACCUUUAAAUAAAUUGGCCAUUCGUCCAUAGGUCUUAGAAUUGGUAAAGGGUUUUUUGUCUUGCCUCUUGCCUGUUUGUGGCUAUUUGGAGGCAACCAGACGAACGGAAGAGAGUUCUUGGUUGAGUUGAUUCUUCGAUUUUUUGUUCAUGAAUAAGCGAUCCAAAGAAAAUUUGAAAUUAAAAUGACAGAAACCGCUUGUCUCAUCCCUAAAUUCUCAACCUACGCAAGGCCAAAUUCAUUCAUCUUGGUUGGAUGCUAGGACUUCUGUCUCCCCCUUACCGUAAUGCGAUCUUGCAUUUUACUUUCUCGAUUGGCGGCUGAUUUCUUUGCUUUUUAUUGGAAUGUUCUUGUCUUCUUGCAACACUGUGGUUCAUCAUCUAUGAAUUUGAAUGAAAUUUCUCUCUUGGUGAUGGAUGGAAAAUAGAUGGAAAAUGGGUCUCAUGUGUUUUCUAUAUUCAGGAAGCAGAUAAUUGCUAAAUUACAAUUAAAAUGUUAAUAA